AUGGAAGUCUACCACUCCCAGCCUAUCGUCGACGCGGUGAUUCGAUUUGUUGAAAACGACCCCACCUCCGAAAAUACCGUGAAGGCAAUGGCUUCUGGGAUCCUCAACUACUCCUUUCUGCCGGCCGAUGGCUACGUGGUUACAUCAGCAAACCGAAACAACAACUUCGGCUUCAUCAUUCUCCGUCUCCAAGGUGGGGUCCCUGGAGAUCGAAGCAUCAUCCAUCAUACCUUUGCCAAAGCGAAACCCGCAAGCGAUGACCCACAGGCGUCCUUAGGAGAACUUGAGAAAGCCCUUGAGCAUGCCAACACUCAAUUUGGGAGAUGCUGGGCGAUUAUGAUUCAUGGGAUCAAUUUCAAGUUCUACGAAUAUCAUCGAAACCUGCCUGAGCACGCACGUCUUAUCCCGUGGAGCCCUCCCGACGAACCCCAACGGAACUCAUUCCAUGCGCGCAAUGAUAGUGUUGAAAUUGAUUCGAUGCUGAGACAUAUGGCACAGAAUGAUACUCCGCCUGCACGUUAA